AUGGCGUGGAUGCAGGAACCUCCCAACAAGCCGGAUCCCCAUAAUUUCCUGUCAAACAUUGCUCGCCAAUCGAGCCCUUCACGUUACGCAAUACUACAAUUAACCUGCCAGCCGAAACCUCAAGACUCGAGAGCGAUGAUCACGCAGUCGGCGCUCCGCACUAUUGCACAUCUAUGGAUCGUCUCUACUUUCCUCGCUUUAGCGUUCGAUCCAUUGGGAAUUAAGUACGAGGUCACAGGUACUCAUCUAGCUCGGCGCAUCACCGAGACCGGCGACUCCGAGAGACCAUAUGAGGUAGACGGGAAUACCUUUAUCGCCAACACGGAUAGCUCAGCAUCGUUCUCGCUAGAGGAUUGUCAGAAUCAACAGACUGAUCCGCCGUCGGUUGCAGAUGGAAGUAGUUCCAUGAGCGUCGCUUCAGUCGACAGUUCUGAUACUUCCGAGAGUGAAGCCGAGACCGCGGCAUCAAAUACGGCAAGCUCAAACAUUGAUUCAGAGUCAGCAGAGUCAAAGACAGCGGACAAUUAUGCUGGAGAAUUGAGUACGACGGAAUCAGACGCGGAUGGAUCUGACAAUUCUGAACCGACUACAGUAUCAGUAGCAGCCUCAGGCGCAGUGGAGUCAGAGGCCACAGGUUCUGAGAGAGCAUCGGAUACAGGGGAUUCAGAUACAGGGGGCUCGGAUACAACGGGUGCCUCGGACACAACGGAAUCCAACGCAGCCGGGUCAAAUCCAGCCGAAGCAGAUUCAGGAGAAUCAGGUGCAGACGAGACAGAAGCAGGCCAUACCAAAACGGAAACAAUGGAGGCAAGCCCGGUGCUGGUAGCACAGACCACAAUCCCUUAUGACUCAGAAUUUGAUCUCCGUGCACGUGGCAGCGCGUUUCCAAGCGCGUUUCUACAGAGCCCGUUUAUCACCCGCGGUCACCGUUGCGAUCCAAUAUAUUACCCCAGUUUGCCUACUUCUUACAGCUCAAAAAGAGCCACGGUUGGAUCUGGAACUUCCAGCGCGGCUAUCUAUCAAGAAUUAUUUGUACUCCUGGUGAUUCAAGCUGCUUUCCGGUCGUACAAUCUCCGCGAAAGCCAAAGCCCAACCCGCCAACCUCCAUUUCAUCAUCGCUAUAACCUGCGGCGACAGCGGGCUAAGCUUCUGCUCUCAUAUCAAGCAAUCGCCAUGUUCGCCGCACUCGCGCCAAUGCAACCGGUAUCCAAUAAUCCAUCUCAAUACCCUUGGACGCCCGUCCACCCGUCGCCGCUCUCCCCGCGCAGACUAUCAACGACAGCAGCGCCUUUCGCUGCUGCUGCUGCCGCAUCCACACCAACACCACAACCGCAAUUCCAACCUCCGGUAUUUACCUUUACACCCUCACCCUCACCAAAUCAAAGGAAUUUGGGGGUAACCUCACCCUCACGGAACCUUAAAGCCAAUGCGGAUGCAAACGCCAAUACCAACGGCACCACCUCACCAACCCCUAGCUCGACCUACGCAAACCGCUACAGAAACACAAUUUCAAACCCUCUCUUCGCACACUCCACAAAACGUACAUACACAUCAUCAGCCUCCCCGCGCGCGCGUUCCGUCCGGCGUAACGCUUUCCUCAACCGCGUCAAGCAAGACCGCGACAAUGGGCGCGUUGAUGCUCGCGCCGAGCAAUUGGCAUACAUGGAUGACAUCGCGGAACAGAAGGAGUGGGCUGAGAGCAUGAAGAGGAGGGCGGAGGAGAUUCAGGCAGAGUAUGGGCUGGGGAUUGAGGAAUGGGAGGGUGAGGAUGAGUAUGAGUGUCUUGAUGCGGGAGUAGCGGAUGAAGCAGCAAUCCGAGCACUGGAUGAAUAUAUUGAGCAAGAGCGCGCUAUGGAGAUGGCGCUGCUGGAGGGGGUUGAUGGGGAUACUAAUAUGAGUGCUGGGCAUCUACCAGGUGGGACAGGACACAAAGCCAACGAUGCGGCUUCGUCAUUCAGCGACGAGGAAUACGACAAUAUUUUCAUGGAUUUGGUGGAUCACAAUCCUCCUGAGGACACGGAGAUGUCUGGUUGAUUUGAAGUAGUUUUACAUACCAUGCGUCGGACUCUAUCUUCCUUAUUAUCUGGGAUGAUCAUUCCACAUUGGCGUUAAGGCUGGUGUAGGCGUUUGUGCUUCGG